UUGUUGGUUUUCUGAGAGUGGAUUUGCUGCUUUGGUCCUGGAGAGGUGACGGGGUCUCUGCUCUGUGAGUCUGGGAGGGGCAGGUCCCUGCUGCCCGCAGUUUCGAUGCUGACGCUGAGGUUGUGAGUGGCGGUGGCAGGGGACCCCUCCCUCCCCACAAAGCAGAUCCCUCAUGAGGACAAAAUCUAGAGGUGGAGGCAAAGGCAGAAAUGGCCGGUUGUCAGGGACUGCUGACCUUCAGCGAUGUGGCCAUAGAAUUCUCUGAGGAGGAAUGGGGACGCCUGACCCACAGUCAGUGGCAACUGUACCUGGAUGUGAUGUUGGAGAACUAUGGACACCUCCUCUUCCUUGGGUCUCCUUCUGUCAACGCCACACCUGAUCAUGGUUUUGGAGCAAGAGAAGCAGCUCUGGGAUGUGAAGAGAAAGGAGACCAGAGGCUUCCAUCCAGCUGUAUCUUCACAUGACACCAAGAAUUUCCUGCUGAAGUGGAGCAUAGAAGGUUCUUUACAGAAUGGAUCAAUGCACAGUUACAAAGAUAGUGCUGUUGAGAUUUUACACUUACACACAGACUGGGACAAUGAUGGAGAGAGUGAAGGGCAUCAAAAAAAUUCUGGACGAUACACCCAAACCAAGGCAAUUGCCCUUAAUAAGAAUGUCACUGCCCCAAGUGGUGAAGGAUAUAAACUGCUGCAGAAAACCUCCAUUUUUAAGUCAACUGUUUCUGCAGAACAGUGUGUUUCUGUCAGCAAAAGCUCCAAUCAAAUACUCAAUCAUAGCGAUUUUUGGACAUACCAUUUGGCAGAUCUGGAAAGUAACCUAGUCCAUGCUGAAAGUAAUGAUUUGAGCCAUUUAGAAAAUAGGAAUGACCUGACCUUAAGUCAGAGAUUGAGAAAUGAAGAACAAAGUCCUCAGUGGGAGCCAUAUGAGAGGCGCUUCAGUGACGAGUCAACCCGCCAGAAUGACCAGAGGCUUUUCACUGGAGACAGAAUUGCUCAGUGCACUGAAUCUGAGAAAACAUUGAACCAGGGCUCCAGGGUUCACAGAUGUGUCAGGGCUAGGUUUGCAGAGAGCCAUUAUGAAUGUGAUAAAUGUGGGGAAGGCUUUCAUCCAAGCUCUAACCUCAGUAUACAUGAUGGUCACCAUUUGGGAGACAGUCCUCAUAAAUACAAUGAAUGUUGGAAAGCUUGUAAUCAGUCCUCCAUUGUUGGUGAUCAUCAGAAAAUUCAUGAGGGAAAAAGCCCAUUCACAUUUAAUAAACCAGGGACCAUGUUUAGUCAGUCAUCAAGCCUAAACAUCAAUGAGAUAAUCCCUUUGGGAAAGGAAACUUACAUUUUUAAGGAAUGUGGUAAUCCUUUGACUGCCAUUCAAUACUAUCUCAACAUCCAGCAAAUGCAUACUGGAGUAAAAAUACACAAAUGUGAAGAAGGUGUUCAAACAUUUAAUGACUAUUCAUCAAAAAAUGGACAUUCGCAGAUCUAUUCUGGAGAGAAACCCUACAAAUGUCCAGAAUAUGACAAGGAUUUUAACAAUCACUCAGGUCUUAAUAGACACCACAGAAUUAAUAAUAGAGAGAAACCUUACCAAUGUCAUGAAUGUGGAAAGACCUUUAA